CUUCUGAAUGUGCUGCAUCCUGUCCUUAUGGCAUUACUUUAGCGUGCCGUGGAGCCACGAUGAUUGUGAAGUCCCUCACUAGCACUGGACCUUAAAUGUUUGCUGAGGCAGAAAGCUGGUGUAAAUGACUGCUCCUGCCUCCCAGAGCAAGAUAACCUGCUCAGUCAGCUGGAGUCCCCUGCGGACAGCUGUCUCGCUUUUAGCUGAUGGAAAACUGCAACUAAGCACUGAAUGGAAGAGCGUGGAGCAGCAACCAUACUAGCAGCAGCCGCUGCUGCAGCAGCAAGAGCGAGCAAGGACUCUAUUGUUCCCUGGUGUUAAACAGUUUUUCCUUUUCAACUGCCAUGCACAAUAGUGGGAGAGAGGUUUCCGGUCCCCUUCUCCCCGUGAAGAAAUUCUGAAGAGGGGAAUAUUUGAAGAAGGUUUCGUGGUCGUGCUGUGGGGUUUGAAGGCAGCAGCAGGCUGCUGGAGGCAUGGGGUUGAGCGAGGGGAGCGCUGCUCUUUGCCGUGGUCGAGGGCUUUCCACCGUGCCAGCCCGGUGCGCGGGAGUAGUUGUGCUUCUGCUGCUGGCAACCUGGGACGCUCGGGCACAAAGUGAAUUUCAAACUUCCUCGGUGUAUUUGUGGAAGACCGGUCCAUGGGGGAGAUGCAUGGGAGAUGAAUGUGGUCCAGGUGGUAUCCAGACACGAGCAGUGUGGUGUGCCCAUGUGGAGGGCUGGACCACACUGCCCACUAACUGCAAGCAGCCAGAGCGGCCGGACAACCAGCAGAGCUGUUUUCGGGUGUGUGACUGGCACAAAGAGCUGUACGACUGGCAGAUUGGCAGCUGGAACCAGUGCCGGCCCGUCCUCUCCCGCAGCCAUGAGAAGCCCCUGGAGUGCCUCAGAGGGGAGGAAGGGAUCCAGACAAGGGACAUCACCUGUAUCCAGAAGUCCAAUGGGGUGCCAGCUGAGGAUGUUAUCUGUGAGUACUUUGAGCCAAAACCCCGCCAGGAGCAGGCAUGCCUCAUCCCAUGCCGGCAGGACUGCAUUGUAGCCGAAUUCUCCCCCUGGUCAGAGUGCUCCAAGACCUGUGGCAAUGGGCUUCAGCAUCGAACUCGGCAUGUUGUGGCUCCACCGCAGUUUGGUGGUUCUGCUUGUCCUAAUCUCACUGAAUUUCAGAUCUGCCAGUCUAGCCCGUGUGCUGCUGAAGAAAGCCUGUACAGCCUCAACGUGGGACCCUGGAGUGCAUGCUCAGUGCCCCAUUCCAGACAAGUAAGGCAAGCGAGAAAACGAGGGAAAAACAAAGACAAGGAAAAGGACAGAGAAAAGGCAGUUCGGGAUCCUGAGGCUCGUGAGUUAAUUAAGAAGAAGAGGAAUCGAAACAGACAGAAUAGACAGGAGAACAAAUAUUGGGACAUACAAAUUGGGUACCAAACCAGGGAGGUCACAUGCACGCACAGAAAUGGGAAAACCACUGCUCUGAGCUUCUGCAAGCAAGAGAGAUUGCCCAUUACAUUCCAGUCCUGUGUGAUCACAAAGGAGUGCCAGGUGUCGGAGUGGUCAGAAUGGACCCCCUGCUCUAAAACCUGCUUUGACAUGACAACCCCUAAAGGGAAUCGCACCAGAUCAAGGACCAUAAAACAGCUCCCUAUAGGCAGUGAAAGUGAAUGCCCACAAUUAGAAGAAACAGAGCAGUGUGUUACUCAAGGAGAUGGUGUGGCACCCUGCAUUACGUAUGGUUGGCGGACCACAGAGUGGACAGAAUGCCGCGUCGAUCCUCUCCUUAGCCAACAGGACAAGAGGCGAGGAAAUCAGACGGCGCUGUGUGGAGGUGGCAUUCAAACCCGGGAGACCUACUGUGUGCAAGCUAAUGAAAAUCUCCUCUCCUACUUAAAUACUCUUAAAGAAAAAGAAGCCUCGAGGCCAGUGGACCGUAAUCUGUGUACAGGACCUCUACCCAGCACCUCCCAGUUGUGCCAUAUCCCCUGCCCUACAGAGUGUGAGACCUCAGCAUGGUCAGCGUGGGGACCAUGCACCUAUGAAAGCUGUGAUGACCCUCAGGCCAAGAAGGGCUUUAAACUAAGGAAACGGCGCAUCACCAAUGAGCCUACAGGAGGAACAGGGAACUGCCCUCAUCUUCUAGAAGCCAUCCCAUGUGAGGAGCCCUCCUGCUAUGACUGGAGAAUCACAGGGCUGGAGGAGUGCAUUCCUGACAACGAGAAGCCGUGUGGCCCUGGUACACAGGUUCCUAUUGUCGUCUGUGUCAACAGUGAUGGAGAAGAGGUUGACAGACAGCUGUGCAGAGAUGCUAUCUACCCAAUCCCCGUUGUCUGCGAAGCUCCAUGCCCAAAGGACUGUGUGCUCAGCAUGUGGUCUGCAUGGUCCUCCUGCUCACACACCUGCUCCGGCAAAACCACAGAAGGGAAGCAGAUGCGUGCCCGCUCCAUUCUGGCCUAUGCAGGUGAAGGAGGAAUACAGUGCCCAAACAGUAGUGCGCUCCAGGAAACGCGCAGCUGUAACGAACACUCUUGCACUGUGUAUCAUUGGCAGACUGGCCCAUGGGGACAGUGCAUAGAGGACACGUCUGUUUCUGCUUUCAACUCCUCUGCCAGCUGGAAUGGGGAGGCCACCUGUUCCAUGGGGAUGCAGACGAGAAAGGUCAUCUGUGUGAGAGUCAACGUGGGACAAGUGGGCCCAAAAAAAUGCCCUGAGAGCCUCAGACCAGAAACUGUGAGACCUUGUCUGCUUCCCUGUAGGAAAGACUGUAUUGUGACUCCAUUCAGUGACUGGACAUCAUGUCCUUCUUCAUGUCAAGAAGGAGGUGUGACAGUAAAGAAGCAGUCCCGUCACCGAGUCAUCAUACAGCUCCCUGCCAACGGUGGUCGAGAGUGCCCAGACUCUUUGUUUGAGGAAAAGGAAUGUGAAGCUUCUCCUGUCUGCUAUAGCUACAGGUGGAAGACCCACAAGUGGCGCAGAUGCCAGCUGGUACCAUGGUAUGUGCGCCAAGACAGUCCAGGAGCACAUGAGACCUGUGGGCCUGGGCUGCAAGCAAGAGCAAUUACUUGUCGCAGACAAGACGGAGGACAGGCUGACAUCAGUGAGUGCCUUAAAUACUCUGGCCCAUUACCAUCCUUAACACAGACAUGCCAGAUUCCCUGCCAAGAUGAUUGUCAGUUUACAAACUGGUCAAAGUUUUCUUCCUGUAAUGGAGACUGUGGAGGAGUCAGGACAAGAAAGCGCACUCUAGUCGGAAAAAGUAAGAAAAGAGAUAAAUGCAAAAAUUCCCAGGUGUAUCCUCUGAUUGAGAACCAGUUUUGUCCGUGUGACAAGUACAGCGCUCAGCCUGUGGGAAAUUGGUCAGACUGUAUUUUACCAGAGGGUAAGCUGGAGGUACUGCUGGGAAUGAAGGUACAAGGAGAUGUCAAGGAAUGUGGACAAGGCUAUCGCUACCAGGCCAUGGCGUGCUACGACCAAAACAACCGACUUGUGGAAACAUCACGGUGCAACAGUCACGGUUAUAUUGAGGAAGCCUGUAUUAUUCCAUGUCCCUCAGACUGCAAGCUGAGUGAGUGGUCCAACUGGUCUCGCUGUAGUAAAUCCUGUGGGAGUGGAGUAAAGGUUCGGUCAAAAUGGCUCCGUGAAAAACCCUACAAUGGUGGAAGACCCUGUCCAAAGCUAGAUCAUGUCAAUCAGGCUCAGGUAUAUGAGGUAGUUCCCUGCCACAGUGACUGCAGCCAGUACAUAUGGGUUACUGAGCCCUGGAGUGUCUGCAAGGUGACCAAUGUGGACUUGAAAGAGAAUUGUGGAGAAGGUGUUCAAACAAGGAAAGUCAGGUGCAUGCUGAACAGUGUGGAUGGUCCUUCUGACACUGUAGAGGACUAUUUGUGUGAUCCUGAAGAGAUGCCACUUGGUGCUAGAAAAUGCACAUUGCCAUGUCCUGAGGACUGUGUUAUGUCUGAAUGGGGAUCAUGGUCUCGAUGUUCUUUGCCAUGCAAUGGCAGUAGUGUCCGCGAAAGAUCAGCUGAGUCUUUGAGACAACCAGAUGAAGGAAAGUCUUGUCCUGCCACCACCGAGACAGAAGUCUGCACUUUGAACAAAAACUGCUUCCACUAUGACUACAAUGUGACAGACUGGAGCACAUGCCAGCUCAGUGAGAAGGCUGUCUGCGGUAAUGGUAUCAAAACACGGAUGCUCGAUUGCGUUCGCAGCGAUGGCAAAUCGGUUGACCUGAAGUACUGUGAAGAGCUUGGUUUGGAGAAGACAUGGCAAAUGAAUACGUCCUGUGUGGUGGAAUGUCCUGUGAACUGCCAGCUCUCUGACUGGUCCCCUUGGUCUGAGUGCUCUCAAGCAUGUGGCCUUACAGGAAAAAUGAUCAGAAGAAGGACCAUAAAUCAGCCAUUUCAGGGUGAUGGGAGGCCUUGUCCAUCUCAGAUGGAGCAAUUCAAACCCUGUCCAGUAAAGCCUUGUUACCGAUGGCAACACAGUGCAUGGUCUGCAUGUAAAGUAGAGGAUGCUCAGUGUGGAGAGGGAACACGAGUGAGGAACAUUUCAUGUGUGGUUUUUGACGGAUCCAUUGAAGAUGUUGGCAAAGUGGUAGAUGAGGAAUUCUGUGGAGAAAUAGAGCCGAUUAUAGAUGGUAAUAAGAAGAUAAUACUUGAGGAAACCUGCACUGUCCCUUGUCCAGGGGACUGUUACUUGAGAGAGUGGUCAGAGUGGAGCCUUUGCCAGCUAACCUGUGUUAAUGGUGAGGAUCUCGGCUUUGGAGGGAUACAAGUCCGAUCUCGGGCAGUGAUCAUUCAGGAAUUAGAAAAUCAACAUCUCUGUCCAGAACAGGCUUUGGAAACAAGAUCAUGCAAUGAUGGCCAGUGCUAUGAAUACAAGUGGAUGGCUAGCCCGUGGAAAGGAUCUUCUCGAACCGUGUGGUGCCAAAGGUCAGAUGGUUUAAAUGUCACAGGGGGCUGCUUAGUGAUGCGCCAACCCGAUGCUGACAGGUCAUGUAACCCACCGUGCAGUCAACCCCACGCUUACUGCAGUGAGACUAGAACGUGCAGUUGUGAAGAUGGAUACACAGAAGUUAUGUCCUCUGAUGGCACACUCGAACAGUGCACUGUCAUCCCAGUGGUGGUGAUGCCCACCAUGGAGGACAAAAAAGCAGAUGUGAAAACCAGUCGAGCUGUCAACCCUACUCAGCCCUCCAGUAACCCGUCAGGACGAGGAAGGACCUGGUUUCUACAGCCUUUUGGGCCAGAUGGGAGGCUGAAGACCUGGGUUUAUGGUGUAGCUGCUGGUGCAUUUGUUUUACUCAUCUUUAUUGUUUCUAUGAUCUAUCUAGCCUGCAAAAAGCCAAAGAAGCCCCAGAGAAGGCAGAACAACCGCCUGAAACCCUUAACCUUGGCUUAUGAUGGAGACGCAGAUAUGUAAAGUAUAACUUCUCAUGGUGACAAAUGGAAUCUAAAUUAAUGGACUGAAAUCAGAAGGUAUCCAAAGCCACAGGGAUUUUCUAUGGAGUGGAUUAAGUGUUUUGACUUUUCUCUUUUUUUUUGUAACUGCACCGUAGAUAAAGAAGGAUGGAUUUCAUAAUGCCUACGGAUACUCAAGGUAUUAUUGCUUUACUUUAGACCAUCAGCACUGAGAAAUCUGGCAGAAACACAUUAAUAGACACUGCAGUUGGAGAUUUGUGGUCUUUCCUCAAUCUUAGAAACUCUAAGAACCACUUCUGUCUCCAGAAUACUGUAGCUGACAUAGCGUUAACAGUUGGAAGCCCCUGCAACAUUAACCAAGAAUAAUCAGUACGCAUGAAGAGUUUGUACCAAGCUGACUAUGACUCUUUAUAUUCAAGCAUAACGUAUACUCAGCUGAACCGUAUGUAUUACUCUCUCAGAUUAUAUACUCGAUACAGAGCAUUUUAGUGCUUAGUACAGCAUUACCUUUUAACUGGGAUUAACCCACUGAGCAAGUUCAACAGUUUGCCAGUUGAUGAUAACUUGUGUUAACCUGCAUUUCAGAGGGCAAUGACUCACUUGCAAAAUUCUGUCCUGUUAUCACUCCAAAGUAUAAAGACCUCGUAUGUACAUCCAGAAAGGAGGCAUUCCAAGAUUCAGUAUUUUCUAGCUGUUGCUGUCUGGAAAAAGAAUACCCAUUGUAAAUGUUACAAAUAUGUUUCUACUUUCUCUUACUCAAACGGUUGCCUGCAUCUUUUUUGCUACAUGUAAGGCAAAUUUUUGCACUAUAUUAGUGCAGCAUGAUAUGCACUUAACUAGUAUUGCCAUAGAAACUGCCUCUUUUCAGAAAGGAUGAUGAUGAUGAUGUAUCUUGUGCAAGGAGUGUCGGAUAAAGAGGUCUUGAAUCCUGAAGAGAGCAGCGUUCAGUUGGGACUGCAGCUGGAUGAAAUGGCUAAGGACGUGUACUGCAGACACCGUUCCUCGUCACCGUGGCCAUUUGUAGUCUGUACCAUGGCAGUAAUACAAGUGUCUAGUUUCUUGCCCCAUCUACCUAUACUGGUAUAGAUUGUCCUGCUGGUUUCUAAUUGUACUUUGAAGGCUGUUUAUGACUAGAUUUUUUAUAUUUGUUAACUUUGUUAGAAAAAAAAAAAGAAAAGAAAAAGAGAAGUGGUUGCCCUGUAAUCUUGAGUGACAUACAUGCUUUCUGCAAAGUUCAAAUACAAUAAAAGGAUUCUUCUUUUUUUUUUUUUUU